GCGGCGCGCGCGGCGGCGGUUGCAGCUGCGGGGGCGGCGGAGGGAGCGCAGCGCAGCGCCGGCCGAGCCCCGCGCGUCUGCCCGGGCGGCUCUUUACCCGCCGGCCGCCCCGCUCCUGUUCGCUUCCCCGCGCCCGCUGCGAGUAGCCGGGGCCUCCUCCAUGCGGGAGAAGAGGAGGAGGAGGUGGGAGCUGCUCGUCGGCCAUCCCCGGCGCCCGGCAAGUCGGAGCCGACCCGCCGCCGCGCCGCUCCUGCCGCAUCUCCCCGCGGCGCGCAGCCGGCGCUGAGCUCUGCCCGCCGCGCCGCCCCCAGCCCCCUCUUCAUAGUCCUCCCCCUCUCUUCUUUUUUCCUUCGUUUUUCCCCGCUUUGCUUCUCACCCUGGCUGCGAGUGAGCGUCUUGAUGAGCGCAGAGGAUGUCCGGGAAGCACUACAAGGGGCCUGAAGUCAGUUGUUGCAUCAAAUAUUUCAUCUUCGGUUUCAAUGUCAUUUUCUGGUUCCUUGGCAUAGCAUUUCUUGGGAUUGGAUUGUGGGCAUGGAAUGAGAAGGGGGUGCUGUCCAAUAUCUCCUCCAUCACUGACCUGGGAGGCUUUGAUCCAGUUUGGCUCUUCCUAGUGGUAGGAGGAGUUAUGUUCAUUUUGGGAUUUGCAGGAUGCAUUGGAGCUCUGCGUGAAAACACCUUUCUUCUCAAAUUUUUUUCUGUGUUCCUUGGAAUUAUUUUCUUCUUGGAGCUCACUGCUGGUGUUUUAGCGUUUGUUUUCAAAGACUGGAUAAAGGACCAGCUGUAUUUCUUUAUAAACAACAACAUCAGAGCAUACCGAGAUGACAUUGAUUUGCAAAACCUCAUAGACUUCACCCAGGAAUAUUGGCAGUGCUGUGGGGCUUUUGGAGCUGAUGACUGGAACCUUAAUAUUUACUUCAAUUGCACAGAUUCCAAUGCGAGUCGAGAGCGCUGUGGGGUGCCGUUCUCUUGCUGCACUAAAGACCCUGCCGAAGAUGUUAUUAAUACUCAGUGUGGCUAUGAUGCAAGGCAAAAACCAGAAGUUGAUCAGCAGAUUGUUAUCUACACUAAAGGCUGUGUCCCUCAGUUUGAGAAAUGGUUGCAGGACAAUCUUACCAUAGUUGCUGGUAUAUUCAUUGGGAUAGCAUUACUGCAGAUAUUUGGGAUAUGCUUAGCCCAGAAUUUGGUUAGUGACAUUGAGGCUGUCAGAGCCAGCUGGUAAAACUGCUGAAGUAACCACAACAAGACACUGGACAACCGAAACCCUCUGAAACCUCCAGUGCGUUGCUCCGACACCAAGCUUUAUGGACGUGGGUGCCAGGGAAGCCUUCUCUCCCAAGUACAAGUUUGCAGUGAACUACGUUUCUUUGGGUUGGGGAGUGAAGAGUGGGCUGUUUAAAAUCUGCUGCUCACUGGCUAUUUUAUUUUUGUUUUAAACCGCCAGUUUGAAAGCUGUUGAGCCGUGAAUCUCUACUGUAUUCUUGAUCCUGAGUAACAAGUGGACACUUUUUUUAAAUUGGUGUAUUGAGUGGGACAGAGUUGCAUCGUUGUAGUCUGUGGAUAUGCUGUUUAUUCUUCAUGUCAUGAGCUCUUCGAUAGCUGCCAAAUAUUCCUGAGAUGGUCUCUCUCCUCACCACUCUUUAAAGGAACAAUCUCCUUGUUUUCACAGCUAAACGUAGCUACAGGCUGAAACCCAUCGAGCAGGAAGCAACUUUCUAUGCAUCUAUUGUACAGUAGAAGAAAUUGUUUUUAAAACAAGUGAACUUUUUUUACACAAGCUUCCAACCAUCUCCCUGUAUGAUUUGAGGUUGGAGCCAGCAAGCUCACCAGGCGAAUUGCCUAAUUUUAUCAACAUCUUUCUUCACCCUUUUAUGAAGGGAAAGGAGUUUUAUAUUCGACAAACUAGGGUGGUAGAGCCUUUGGUUGCUGCCAUUCCUUAGGACAUCAGUCUCUUAAGGCAAGGAUGGGAUAUAACUAUAUAAAUGUAUGAAAGCAGUGUGGAUGUUGGGUCCAAGUGAAUAAUAUUAUUUAAAGAAUGAAUUAUAUAUUAAAUUAAAAAAAAAUCAAAACGUAUGUAUCUGAUGCGGCUAAAUAUUUUGUUUCUCUGGAAUUUAGUGUAACCUAAUGUAUUUAGGGAUCUCACUAAUAUUAGUGCUUUGAUAUACUUGUGCAAAACUUCUUUUAAGAUAAUUCCUUGGUCUGUUCCUAGCUGAGGCUUUGGUCCUUUGGUUCUUUUUCACUUGCAUGAGCUGUGGAGUAAGAAUCUGUGACACUCCAGUGCUUUAAAUCUGUGCAUAUGUUUUAAUACAGUCUAAUUCAAACUUAUUUAUUGGUAAAUGCAUGUGAUAAUGGAAAGAUCAUAUCCCAUCCCCUUGGAAGUUGGAGAGAACAACUUCUGCCAGAGUAAAUGCUUACCUCCAGUGAACAAAUCCUUGCUAUGGAGAUGUCUCCCUUUGUUGCUCUAAAUGCAACAAAAAGCUUUCUUGAAGCAAUGGAAUUAAGUUUUCAAAUAGAAGUGCGUACUAGGAUCAGCCAAGACAGACUCUUUUGAAUUGGACAAAAGAGAGUAGAAUUUGGAAUAAAGCACAAAUAAUGGAAGAAGAAUUAGAUCGGACUCCAUCCAGCACAGAGUUUUUGAUUUGUUCUUCUUCACCAAUAAUACUGAACUUACAAACCUGACCAUGGCUUGGGUAGUUUUAAUGCACUUUGUGUACAUUUCCUGUGUUGUAUAACCCUUCUCAGUGUCUGCAGACCCAGUCCUGAAAGCUGUGAGCUCUCAUCUCCUACUUGGCUCAGGCAGUGGCAAAGGGUGUGUAGCACCUCUUUGUAAGAGCUUAGCAUCUUUCCGAGGUGAGUUUCCUAAAACGAAGCGUGUGGGGUAGGAGAGGUGAAUGCAUUGCUGCCAAAGCUUCCUUGUUCUGCGGGAUGGAUAGAAGGCAGGUCUGACCUAUUAAGGUCCUUUUUGGUCCCGUGACUCUUCAACAUGUGAGUAUACUCACCCUUGCACAUUUUGCCUUUCUGUGCUUUAGCUGGCUGUGUUUUUUCCCAUCUGAAGGCUGGUGGGCAGCACACUGGUGCUCCAUAGAUGCCGCAGACAGCCCUGUUGUCCUCUCUUUGAGCAUUACCUCAUCCUCUUCUGGUUCACUCCCACUGACUGGCUCUGAAUCAGGCAGCUUCCAUAUCCUUUGGUAUCUGCUGUUAAAGGCCAGCCGUGACUCAGAGUAAUUUUUACAUUUAGAGCCUUUGAAAGCAAUUACAAUUCGCUGUCCUUAAUAAAGCUAGUUCCACCUCACCGCAGUGUUAUGUUUUUCUUAGCCACUCCUCAACUGGAGGAGUUGCUGGUGUUUGUUUCCUCCCAAAGGGACGCACCGUUUUGCCCAAUAGCAGCAGGACAGACAGAUCAUCAACAUCAGUGUUGCUGCACCGAGACAAAAUGAUGCGUGGAGAAAUCAGGGAAGCGUGGUUGAUGAAAUAAACGCUCCACCCAAUAGACCUAAUUGUGACCCAGUGCUUUGUUUUGGAGAAAAAGAAUAAUAGUGUACAUUACAGAAACAUUCCUUGUUGCCACUGAUACUGCUGUCGCUGCUGUGGGCUUCUGAAGACGACUUCAUUCUUCUACUUGAAUUUCUGCAGCUGUACUGUAUUGGCCUUCUGCUUUGUCACACUGCUCUCCGAGUUCCAGUCUGCGGGACGUGCUGUUGGCAGCGUCAGGCUGGUAGGAGAGUAAAUGCUCGGAGGUGAGCGCUACUUGCACGUGUGCGCACAGAUGUGCAACACUUCUGUUGAGCCCCAGAAUGACUGACUGUUCUUAGAAAAACCACUAAAUAACUUAUUUUUCUAGAGCUUGUCUUAAUUGCUGCAGAUGUUGAUCCUUCCCCCUUCCCCACUCCCAAGAGAUGCUCUUGUUUUCCUCAUUUUUGCAGUUGUUUGAUGGGUACAUACUGAAUGUUCAGGUUUAGCUGUCUAUAUUGCACAUUUAAAUCCCACGUGGUUUUUUUUGUCUACAGAUCAGGCAAGAUGUCCUAGAAAUACCACCCCCCCCCAUCAGCAGCAUAGGUGUCCAGUUUGGAAAGCUUGUGGGAGGCCCUGGAAAUCAAUCUAUUAUUGUCAGAGCCUGCCAAAUGCAAGCAAGUUUUCUUCCAGAAAGCUUUGUAAAAAAACUUCAGGUGAGCUGCAACUAGAGCACAACUGCUGGCUAUACAUGGGCUCAUUUUCUAAAGCAAUAAGAUAUGGUAGGUGAUACGACUUCUUGGCGAUUUCGAGCCAGGCUGGUGCGGUGGUGGGGUAGAUGCGAGUUCAGAGGGCGGUCUAAUUAAUGUGCAGUAGUUGUUCAGAAGUUUGUUGUCAGGCUUAUGGCCCUUGUGGAGCAUGGGACAGGAUGGUGGCAUUGCUAACGAGAGGUCUGGUAGCUUCAGCAGUAGCCCUGGCUUUAAAGCCAUUUACUGGUUCUCCACUGAGCCCUGCCAAAGGAUAUCAGAGUCCUUGCUCCUCUGGUUUUUACAUACUCCCCAUAUUCACGAGCCUUUGUUCAAUCCUUUUUUUUAAAAUUAAUAGCCUACUAGACAAAUGUUUGAUUUGUCUCUGUGUGUCUGUUUCAGUAGCAGUAGGAUCUCUUUGCUUCAAAAUCCAUCAUUUUGAUUGUGCCCCUCAGAGUUUGAAGCUGCGGAGAUGCUCGCUUAAGUGUAUUCUUUCCCGAAAGCCGCCUUCUCUCCCCUUUGAGAGAGAUGCUCAUUGUAGCUCUGGUGUGUAAAUAGUGUUUGAAAUGUAAAUAGUAGCAUGCAGAUUAACCGAUUCUUGCACAUGACUGCUUUUCACCCUACAAGUGUUUAUUAUAGAUGUGGAAGGUGUCCACCGUGAGGAAUUGCUGCGGAAAGCCGAGCGGUGGCUCAGGCGUUACCUGGCGCUGGAGGUGAGGCGGGAGUUUUGGGAUCCAGGGGUACCAGGGGACGAGAGACCCCGGGCAGCCCUUGUGGCUCUGGUGGCAGCAGGACCUCCCUCACCCGUUCCCUUUGCUGCUUGGCGUUACAGCAGCGUUAGGCUGUAAAACAUGGGGUUGGAGUCAGCACCCCCUAUCAGCUAUGGGGGGUUGCCAUCACUUGCGGCAGGAUUAAUCAUGGUGCUAUAAGAACUGUCCUGGAUGUUAGUCUGUGUUUUUACUACCUUAGAGAUGGCCUUGGUAAAAUUGAUUCUGAUUAACAGUGCUGGUUGCAAGAGAAACUGUCCUGUGAAUUUUUGAUUCUGUUUCCCUUCUUGCUGUGUGUGCUUUUUGGGUGCAUUGAAAUAGCAGUUCUGUAAAUACCUAGGAAGGAGAUUAGAUCUCAACUGGUGUCGAGCACUGCUGAAGGUUCCAUUCCCCAUCUCCUGUUCCAGUCCCUCCCUCCCUUCAGAUAUCAGCAAUUGGUCAGGAAACUGUCUAAAGCAAACAAAAUGAAACUGCCCUUAUGGAUCCAUUAGCUACUAAAUUUUGCCACUUGAGGAAAAGCAAAAAAAACCUCUCUCCCUUAACAUGCAGUAUAAAAAUAAGUGUUGUGACUGCUCAUGUGCACCAGGCAGCACUGCUAUAGCUCCCUUUUGUGUUUGGGCAAUAUAAAUGUGUUAACAAAAAGCUCCAUCAUGUGUUCAUGUUCAUGCUGUGUACAUAGCAGAGAUGGACCUGAUAUGACCUUGACCUCUGGGGAGACUGGGAUUUGGGUUUUGUGACUCAGACCCAUCUCUGGUGCGUAUAUUCCAGAUUAGUUCCAACUGAAUCUCUGAUUCAUCGUGGGGUGGACGGCAAGGUGUUGAUAUUUACCCCUUGUGUAUCAUUCCUUUUUAUACGAAUGUAUUGUUCCUUUUUUUAUCAGUUGUAAAAUUGAUUGUAAAAGCCAACUACGCUUACCGAUUGAAAGUAUUGCUAUCACAGAACUGCAUGCCCGGUAGAGUUUGACUGGAGCUUUAGUUUUCUCAUUUCUGACUGGUUAUCUCAAGUCUAGGAGAAAAGCAUAGAUCAGGUGCAUAAUGCAUUCCUUGUCAUCUUUAGCAUUAGACUGUGGUAUUGUAUCACAUGCUGAUCUCAAUGGAUGUAACUGGAGCCUACUGAGGGAGUUAAUGCAACUUCCUGGUAAUUCAUUGUAAGCUAUUGAAAGUGGUCUUGAUCAUGCUACUUGUGUUCUUGGGUUUUUGUUUUUUAAUAGAGGCAUUUUUUAGGAAUGUUUUAAUACACUUAUGAUGGACAAUACAAUAGUUUUAAUAGUUGUGCAGUAUUCUGUAUUUACUUGAAGUAAAUCAUUUUAUAUGCAAUUUGUUAGAUAAUUACAGUUUUAUAAAUAAAAUCACGUGAAAUACGA